UGCUGUUAAAUCAAAUUAAUAUAUCUGAAUAUGAACUCUCAAUAACUAGUGUCAUACAUGUUUACUCUCGCUACUCAUGUUGAUCAAUGUAAGUUCAGCUGUGUGGGUUCUUUUGUCAACACAAUUGAAAGGAAUAUGCAAAUACGAAUUGGGUUACGUCUGGUGCAUGUGAUUAAUAUCCGUGAUAAAUACAUACAUAUAAGUAUCUCAAUUAAUACAGGGAAAAUAGAUAUAAAUAGUAGUAUCGCUUGAGUUUACCAGUGAAGGACAGACAUGGAUUUAAAAUGAUAAGGGUAUAUUGAAAUAUACACCUGUGAUGAACACCAAGACAAGUACAUUUAGAAGAACGGGUUGACGUCAUAGCGUGCGAAAUCGUGACUGUAAAUAGUGACGUAAAAAGUUCGUCAUGCGUCCGUCUGAUGACGUAGACAGGGGAUGGGCAUGGGUGGUUGCGGCUUGCUCGUUCGCUCUUCACGUGAUGACGUAUGGACUCGCUUGGAGCACAGGUGUAUACCAAGUGAUAUUCCUGGAAGCGUUUGUUCAACCGAAGUCAGUCACGGCCUGGGCAGGCUCGCUCCCAACUGCUGUCAUGUAUGCUAUAGGUCCCAUUGCGAGUAUGCUGUCCAUCAAGUACGGGUUCCGUCCAGUCAUUAUUGGUGGUGGCCUGCUAACUAGUGCCGGCUUGUGUCUCAGCUACUUUGCUACAUCGCUUUACUAUCUCUUUUUUACAUUCGGUUUGCUUACUGGAGCAGGUCUUGGUAUUGUCUACAUUCCGUCUAUCUCAGCCAUAUCAUACUACUUCGACGAAAAGGUCACUCUUGCAUCCGGUAUCGCAGCUUCCGGCGUUGGCGUUGGUAACAUCGUGUAUCCUGCUCUUAUCCGCUGGCUUGUGAAUAAGUAUGACUGGAAACAGAGCUUUCUUAUACUUGGCGCUCUUUCACUGCAUAUAUGUGUAUUCGGUGCCUUGAUAAAACCCGUAAAACGAUUAGAGAUUACUGAAAAACAGCCAAUUUUGGAUAUAACUCCAUUUAAAAAGAAAGGGUACGUGUUGCUGUGUGUAAAUGUGUUCUUAUAUUGUUGCGGGAUAUCGGCUCUGUACGUACAUUUAGUUGCGCAUGCGGAAACGAUCGGGUUUGACGCGGACCAUAGCGCCGCUCUCAUAUCAGGACUUGGAUUAGCGAACCUAAUAGGACGCUUUGCGUAUGGCGCUAUUGCUCAACACCCAAGAUGCAAUGCUUUUGUUCUCUAUGGCGGAUCGUUUAUUUUGUCUGGGAUAUUCAUAUGUCUUAUACCUGCAACGACCAAUUACUGGGUAAUUUUGAUAUUUGCACUGUGUUUUGGGCUGCUCUCUGGGUGUUUUGGAACACUUUUAGUCCCCAUACUUAUCAGCCUUUUAGGCCUUCACAGAUUUGCCAAUGGAUACGGAUGCCUUUUAAUCUUCAUGGCGGCAGGUCAACUAAUCGGAGCUUUUUUAGCAGGUGCAAUGUACGAUUUCACUGGAACCUACACGUUCGCCUUUGUAGUAGGAGGUGCAUUGGCCAUUGUCAGUGGUUUCGUCAUGAUUCAACCAUAUUGUUACGUAAAGCAUCAAAACAAACAUGACGUCAUCGGUGAAAUUGAGGUGGAAGAAAAGAACGCUCUUGCAGACUCAGUUGAUUUCAACCCGCUGUCUUUCAGAUCACACAGGGAUAUUAUUAACAUGACAGUGUCGCUUGAAAGUCUUUCAGCUGUGAAAAGAAUAUUGGACAUACAGAGGUCAAGGUUAUCUUUAAAUGUGCCGAAAAACAACGUGGACAUGAAUGGUGUAGCAAAGUUAAGAAACCGCGGCAAGCCGGUAAAUAAGGCUGUGCAGGCUCUUAAAGUGUUCGGCUCAACCGACACCGUAUAACUGGUUCGCUCAAACAGGUUAGGCUCAACCGACACUGUAUAGCCGGUUCGCACAAACAGGUUAGGCUCAACUGACACUGUAUUGCUGGUUCGAUCAAACAGGUCAGCCUCAACCGACACUGUAUAGCCGGUUCGCACAAACAGGUUAGGCUCAACUGACACUGUAUUUCUGGUUCGGUCAAACAGGUCAGCCUCAACCGACACUGUAUUGCUGGUUCGCUCAAACAGGGUUGGCUUAACCGAUAUUGUAUAACUGGGUCGCUCAAACAGGUUUGGCUCAACCGACACUGUAUAGCCGGUUCGCUCAAACAUGUUCGGCUUAACCGAUAUUGUAUAACUGGGUCGCUAAAACAGGUUAGGCUCAACCGACACUGUAUAGCCGGUUCGCUCAAACAUGUUUGGCUUAACCGAUAUUGUAUAACUGGGUCGCUAAAACAGGUUAGGCUCAACCGACACUGUAUAGCCGGUUUGCUCAAAUAUGUUUGGCUUAACCGACGUUGUUGAGCUGAUUCGCUCAAACAGGCUUGGUUCAACCGACGCGUCAUAGCUGAUCUGCUCAAUUUGCUUAAAUAGAUUGUCAGGGAAUGUUCGAUAAAGUGUUACAUGUGUCUUAAACUUACAUGUUUAUUAUUAAAGGUUUUAUUUUUGUACUACAUGAAUUUGUUUUUAACCUUUAGGUUACCAAUUUUCAAAAUGGAUCUGCAAUAUAGCUUACAAACGUUUAGCUCAAUUUUCAUAUAUUUUAUAAUGUGAUAUAUUGGAUUGUAUAAGUGAUUUAUAACAUUGAAAUAUGCUACGUUGACCAGUGUUACAUUUACGUAGAGUUGAUUGCAUUAUGUACCCUUGAUAUUUGUUUGCUUUUACUUAUUUAAUAUUGCAUUGUUAAACAGUGAUUUAAAUAUAUAUUUAUAAAUGCGUUCCAC